GGUGGAGCGGGGGGGGGCCGGUGCCAUGCCCUGCCCUUUGCCCGCUGCGGGAGGGGGCCGCGGCAGGGCGGCCGGAAGGGACGGCACGGUCUCCGUGCCAGCAGCGUGUCCUCCAGCCCGGGCAUUACCAUGGGGCCGGGCUGGGGCGAUGCUCUGGGUGACAGCGGUGCCCCCCAGCCCCGCAGUGACCCCGGGUGUCCUCCGCAGAGCGCGCCCCGGCGCCAUGCAUUCCCUGGAGGAGCCCCUGGACCUCAAGCUGAGCAUCUCCAAGCUGCGAGCUGCCCGCGAGAAGCGGGGCCCCUCCGGCCCUCGCCCCCGCGCUCCGCCGCGCCCGGACACCCCGCCGGCCGGGGAUGGCCGAGGGGGCAGCCGGGGGGGGCGCCGGGCCGUGCCAGCCCCGCCGUCCCCCGGGCUCCUGGGACACUCCAGGCUGCUGGAGCCGCGGGAUGGACGCUUCCCGGCCGCCGUGCCGGUGGUGGACCUCAGCCUGUCGCCCCGCUCCGGGGGGGAGUCUCCGGCUGGCAGUGCCUCGCUGUCCCCUGAGCGCCAGGGCAGCGGCGACCUGCCCGGCCCCCUCACCCCACACGAUUUCCAGUCCCUGCGCUACAUCGAUGGCCUCCCCAGCUCCUUCCAGUUCUUCCUGCCGCUGGGGGCUGGGGGGGCCCUGCACCUGCCCCCCGCCGCCUUCCCCCGUGAGAAGCCCUACAUCUGCCCCUACGAAGGCUGCAACAAGCGUUACUCCAACUCCAGUGACCGCUUCAAGCACACCCGCACCCACUACGUGGAGAAGCCCUACUCCUGCAAGAUGCCGGGCUGCCACAAGCGCUACACCGACCCCAGCUCCCUCCCACCCGGAGAUGCUCAAGGUGCACCCGCCUCCCAAAACGCCCCUGGGCUCGGCGGAGGUGCCCUACGUUAA